GCCCCGCCGGCUUGUCGGGCCCCGCUGCCCGCUCUCCACCAGUCUCUCGAAAAGGCUGGAGCAAGUGUUUGACAGGCGGGGCCGUUUGGGCUCGGACGGGCAGCUCUUGGAUUUCUCCGCUUCCCGGGUCGCAGCCGCUCGGCCAGCCGAGUCCCUGGUGACGUCCGACUCCCCGAGUCUGCAAAACAUUUACUGUUUUGGAAUUGAAAGGAUGUCAUCAUGGCAAAAUUUCGGAGAAGGACUUGCAUCAUUUUGUCACUUUUUGUUCUAUUUAUUUUCUCUGUGAUGAUGAGUUUAAAAAUGCUGAGACCAAAUACAGCUACUUUUGGAGCUCCUUUUGGACUUGACCUUCUUCCAGAACUUCAUCAACACACUGUUCAUUUGGGGAAAAAACUUGAUUUACAAAAGAGUGACAGAAUCAAGAGUGAAACCAAUACCAAGAAUUUAAAAAGUGUCGAAAUCACUAUGAAACCUUCCAAAGCCUCUGAACUUAACCUUGAAGAACUGCCUCCUCUGAAUUACUUCUUGCAUGUAUUUUAUUAUAGUUGGUAUGGAAAUCCACAAUUUGAUGGUAAAUAUAUACAUUGGAACCAUCCAGUCUUAGAACACUGGGAUCCUAGAAUAGCCAAGAAUUAUCCACAAGGAAGACACAACCCCCCAGAUGACAUUGGCUCCAGCUUUUAUCCUGAGUUGGGAAGUUACAGCUCUCGGGAUCCUUCUGUCAUAGAAACUCACAUGAGACAAAUGCGUUCAGCUUCUAUUGGUGUACUUGCACUAUCUUGGUACCCACCUGAUUCAAAAGAUGAGAAUGGAGAAGCUACUGAUAACUUAGUACCAACUAUUUUGGAUAAGGCCCAUAAAUACAAUCUAAAGGUCACUUUUCACAUAGAACCCUAUAGUAAUCGAGAUGAUCAAAACAUGUAUCAGAAUGUCAAAUACAUUAUUGACAGAUACGGAAAUCAUCCAGCCUUUUACAGGUACAAGACAAGAACUGGGAAAUCUCUUCCUAUGUUUUAUGUAUAUGAUUCCUAUAUCACAAAGCCUGAAAAAUGGGCCAACCUGUUAACUACUUCAGGGUCUCACAGUGUUCGAAAUUCCCCUUAUGAUGGUUUAUUUAUUGCACUUCUAGUAGAAGAAAAACAUAAAAAUGAUAUUCUUCAAAGUGGUUUUGAUGGUAUUUACACGUAUUUUGCCACAAAUGGCUUUACUUAUGGCUCCUCACAUCAGAACUGGGCUAAUCUAAAACUCUUUUGUGAUAAGUACAACCUAAUGUUUAUCCCAAGUGUGGGUCCGGGAUACAUAGACACCAGCAUCCGGCCUUGGAACACUCAAAACACUCGGAACCGAAUCAAUGGAAAGUAUUAUGAAGUCGGUAUGGGUGCUGCUCUUCAGACCCACCCAGGUUUAAUCUCUAUCACCUCUUUUAAUGAAUGGCAUGAAGGAACCCAGAUUGAGAAAGCUGUUCCCAAAAGAACAAGUAAUACAGUGUACUUAGAUUAUCGGCCUCAUAAACCAAAUCUUUAUCUAGAACUUACUCGUAAGUGGUCUGAAAAAUUUAGUAAGGAAAGAACAGCUUAUGUAUUAGAUGAUCAGAUGCCCAUUUCUUAAGGGACUGAUUAAAGGUUAGUAAUUAUCAAAAUCACCUAAUUUCAAGAAAUACAUUCCUUUUGUUUUGAGUUAUGGAACAGUACUGUCAAAAUCAAUAUCUACUAUUAUUAUCUUUAUUAAAGGGUUUUUAUUUAACUUUUUUAAAGAUAGUAAAUAUUGCACUGAGAAAAUAUUGUAGAGAAAAGUUGUGUAAAUAACAUUCUUCAUGGCAUAAUUUGCUACCUUUCUGACUGAAAUCAAAAAUCUGCUAGAGUGAAAAUUUAAUUUUCAGUUCACAGUGGAUAAAUGCCUGUGUUAUAUAAAGUAGCUAUCACACAGCUAAUUCUUGUUUGUAUCCUAGGCCCACAUAUAUAGGGCUGUAUGUAUAUUUGGUACAUCUAACAAAGACAAAUAAGACCUAAAAAAGAUGGUGUACAGAUUUUGUUUCUAAUUUUUUCAGUGAUUAUUUCCUUUAUUAUAUUAGUAAAGAGUCUAGAUAACUCCUAUUGUGAUAAAAUUCUCAAAAAUAUAAUCACUUUUUCUCAGAUUUGCAUGAAUCUAAAACCACUUUAAAUAAUAGUCUUUUAUGUAUUUUAAGUUAUAUACAUUUAAGCCUUACUGUGUCAGGAAGACUACAGUCUGUACCAUCAUUUGAAGAUUUUUGGUUAACUAUCGCAUGCUAAAUGUUUGGCAUGUUUAGUGUUUCUGCUCUACUAUGCUGUACAGUAUAUCAGAUUUUAGAACUAUAGAAAGCACUUUUAUGAAAGUGAUUGUAUUUCAAUUAUUAGGAAAGUGCUUCACAAUUAUCAUGAAUAUAUGAUGCCCUAGAUAUUAUUAUUUUCAGGAUACCUUGUCAAUCUCUAACUUUUCUGUAAUUCAUGUCUUAAAAUUUAAUAUUCACCAGACAUUAUUAGCUAAGAAAUAAGAAUAUUAAUUCUAUCACUAGGUUGUCUUUUAACAUUUUAUAUUUUACCAAAAAUAUCAAAGAACGUGCGCUUACCAUUUCAGAUAUUACCGACAUGGAAACAAAAACUUGUUUAUAUUUAAAGUAAUUUCUGAGAAGACACUAGUUUAAAUUCCUAUAUGUAAUGAUACAUAUUCCCAGUUAUAUAAUGAUAUCUCCAUUUUAAAAUGUAAUACAUUUUAUGGUAUCCAUCAGGUUAAAAUAUUUGUGAUAAAUAACUAUCAUAUUGUGGCAAAUGGAUCAUUUGUGUGCUGAAAGUUAGUCUCUUUAAUAACACAUUAAUGACAGGACCAUAAUUCAUCUGUCUUUCUGCUGAGUGGUUUGAACCACCAGUGGUACAUACAUGACCGUCCCAUGCACGAAUGUACCACUUCUACCACUAGGGGUACAAGUUGCCCAAUGAAAGAGUCAUGCAUGUACCACCAGUGGUUCAAGCUGAUGAAAACAUGUUCAAAACUAAAAAUAAAAGGAACUCUAUUAUUAUAGUUAUGUUUGUAACCAUAAGUACACUAAAAAGCAUCUAAUACAUCCUUUUACAUAAAUAUUCUUAGAUAUUUAAUUCUAUUAUGAGAAGCAAUAGGGUAAUGCUAACAAGCAGUAUAUAUAAAUCGUCUGAGUAUAGACAUUCACAAACAAAUUAGCACUGAGAUUUAUUAUAAAAUUGCCUACCAGGUGAUAAAAUUUAUUUUUAAAUAGUGAUUUUGAAGUAAAAUAUCAUGUUUAAAAAAAAAGAAGCAUGUUUAACAAAGUUACUUAUAAUUUAAGAAUUUUCUAUUUCUCAGAGAAUGAUCAGACCAUUGAAAAUUUUCUGGAGAAAGUUACAAGGAUAAAUCAGUAUAAUGAUACUUCGAUAAAUAACCGAGCAUCUUCAUAGGGACAAAUAUAUAGUUAUAACCUGUGAAUUUUUUUAUAUCGAGUUAGCCACUGUAUGUUAUUUUAAAAUAAAUUUUAAAUGUAUACUUACUAAUAUUUUAUAACAUAACAUAUUUUAUUAAGUUUUGUUGGAGAAAUGUUUACAGGGGAUUUUCGUCAUUGCUUAUCUUGUAUAUUUCAAACUGCCAUAACAAAAUGAAUUUUGUGAAAUGAUACUGAGAUUAAGGGAAAGUAUAUAAAAAGAUGAAGUUCUCAGAAGGGAUGCCACCUUUUUCUUGUUCCUGCCGAAGACAUAGAUAAUGCACUAUAUCAUAUCUUACCUCUGUUCUGUCCUGAUUCUCCAACUCUUUACCCUAACCGGUUAGUAGCAGUCAAAUUUCAGAAUAAAAUGACACAGAUUCUGUAUUCAUUGUAAAAAGUUAUUCUCAAAGCAAAAAUGAUUGGAAUAUCUUUUCAUAAUGGCUUAGUAGUUUAUAUAUUUUUUGCCUUUUUGAAUAAAGUAAUUACAGUAACCAGUUUACAUCCAUAGUCUACAGAUUCAACCAGUUGCCAAUUGCAAAUAUUCAGGGGAAAAAAUUAAAUCUAUAGUGGACAUAUA